AUGUGUUUCUUCUUUUCUCUCUCUCUCUCUUUAGUGUUUCUUCUUUUCUCUCUCUCUCUCUCUUUAGUGUUUCUUCUUUUCUCUCUCUUUAGUGUCUCUUCUUUUUCUCUCUCUUUAGUGUUUCUUCUUUUCUCUCUCUUUAGUGUGUUUCUUCUUUUCUCUCUCUUUAGUGUCUCUUCUUUUUCUCUCUCUUUAGUGUCUCUUCUUUUCUCUCUCUUUAGUGUCUCUUCUUUUCUCUCUCUCUUUAGUGUCUCUUCUUUCUCUCUCUCUUUAGUUGUCUCUUCUUUUCUCUCUCUCUUUAGUGUCUCUUCUUUUCUCUCUCUCUUUAGUGUCUCUUCUUUUCUCUCUCUCUUUAGUUGUCUCUUCUUUUUCUCUCUCUUUAGUGUUUCUUUUCUUUCUCUCUUUCUCUGUCUCUUCUUUUCUCUCUCUUUAGUGUCUCUUCUCUCUCUCUCUCUUUUGUCUCUUCUUUUCUCUCUCUCUUUAGUGUCUCUUCUUUUUCUUCUCUCUCUCUCUCUCUCUCUACUGUGUUUCUUCUUUUCUCUCUCUGUUUCUUCUUCUUCUCUCUCUCUCUACUGUUUAUUCUUCUUCUCUCUCUCUCUCUCUCUACUGUUUCUUCUUCUCUCUCUCUCUCUCUCUACUGUUUCUUCUUCUCUCUCUCUCUCUCUCUACUGUUUCUUCUUCUCUCUCUCUCUCUCUACUGUUUCUUCUUCUCUCUCUCUCUCUCUUUACUGUUUUCAUUCUCUCUUGCUUUCUCUCUUUCAUUCUCCUGUUCAUACUCUCUUUUCUGCUUUCUCUCUCAGUCUCUUUUCCCUCUUUUCCACAUCUUUCUCUCUUUUUUUUUUUUCUCAUAUUUUCUUUCUUCUUUCUCUUGAGCUGUCCCACUUUUCACUUAUCUCACUUUCACCCCCAACACAACAUAUUUUCAGGCUCUCUCUCUCUCUCUCUCUCUCUCUCUCUCUCUCUCAGCCCUACAGAAUCCCUCUCCUUAGUUUCAGAGAAAAGGAAGAACAUUUGAAAGUUUUCUCUAGAGACACUUUGAAGAAACAAAUACUACAACAGACAUUUAAAGAGACAUGCAUUCUGUCUAAAUUAUGUUACUUUCUUUUCCCUCUCUCUCUUUCAUUUUCCCUCUCUCUCUUUCAUUUUCCCUCUCUCUCUUUCAUUUUCCCUCUCUCUCUUUCAUUUUCCCUCUCUCUCUUUCAUUUUCCCUCUCUUUCAUUUCCUCUUUCCCUCUCUAUUUCUUCUUCUACAGGUACUCUAUACCCUGACUAG